AUAGUGGCAGGUAAAAUCCAUUUAAUAGAAGAAAUUAGAAGAGAGAACACAUUUCUACAAUUUACUUGUCUGGUUAGCAAAAUCUGCCUUCAACUAUGGGAAAGGAGAAGACUCAUGUUAAUGUGGUGAUAAUUGGCCAUGUUGAUAGUGGAAAGUCAACCACCACUGGCCACCUGGUCUACAAAUGUGGUGGCAUUGAUCAGAGAAGACUGGAGAAGUUUGAGAAAGCCGCAGCACAGAUGGGGAAGAGUUCCUUCAAAUUUGCCUGGGUUUUGGACAAGUUGAAGGCUGAGCGGGAGCGAGGAAUCACCAUUGAUAUCUCACUGCUGAAAUUUAACACUCAAAAAUACACCAUGACUAUAAUUGAUGCUCCUGGCCACCGUGACUUCAUUAAAAACAUGAUAACAGGAACUUCACAGGCUGAUGUUGCCCUUCUGGUGGUCUCGGCAGCUACAGGAGAGUUUGAGGCUGGAGUGUCAAGAAGUGGCCAGACCAGAGAGCAUGCUUUAUUGGCCUACACUCUGGGUGUCAAGCAAAUAAUAGUCUGUGUGAACAAGAUGGAUCUGACCGAACCACCUUACAGCCAUAAACGCUUUGAUGAAGUGGUGCGAGGUGUGAGCGGCUUCCUCAAGAAAAUUGGCUACGACCCCAUGACCGUCCCCUUUGUUCCAGUUUCUGGCUGGACCGGAGAGAACAUGAUUACUUCAACUCAGAAGAUGCCCUGGUUCCAAGGCUGGAAAGUCAGACGAAGGGAGGGGACUGCAAGUGGGAAAACUCUGCUAGAGGUCCUGGACUCCGUUCAGCCACCAGUGCGAACCAUCAACAAACCUCUACGAUUACCUCUGCAGGAUGUCUAUAAAAUUGGAGGAGUAGGCACUGUGCCAGUGGGUAAGAUUGAAACUGGCAUCCUCAAACCUGGCAUGACUCUGAUGUUCUCCCCUGCCAAGCUCACUGCUGAGGUGAAGUCCAUUGAGAUGCACCACCAGGGCCUUGAGACAGCUCUGCCAGGACACAAUGUUGGCUUCAACAUUAAGAAUGUGGCUGUCAAGAACUUGCGGCGUGGGGAUGUGGCUGGCAACGCCCAGCAAGAUCCUCCAUCGGAUGUCCGCAGCUUUGAAGCUCAGGUCAUCAUCUUGAACCAUCCAGGAAAGGUCAAAGCAGGCUAUUCUCCUGUCCUGGACUGCCACACUACCCACGUGACCUGUCGCUUUGCUGAGCUCAGGGAGAAGCUUGACCGUCGCACAGGCAAGAAACUGGAGGACCAGCCGCAGGUACUGAUGUCCGGAGAUGCCGCCACAGUCAAGUUGGUUCCCAUCAAGCCCAUGUGUGUGGAGAGCUUCUUUACAUACCCUCCCUUAGGACGCUUUGCUGCCAGAGACCUGAAGCAGACAGUCGCUGUGGGAGUCAUCAAGUCAGUGGAGAAGGAUCAAGGGUCAAAACUCAAAGGACAAGUGUGUAAAUAAGCUUGUUAGUUUACCAGUAUUCUGGUAUGACUUUUUGUACUGUUUUAUUUGGUAAGAUGCAAUUUGUGUUGUGACACAAAAUUUAUGUUUUGAAAGUGUUCUUGUGUUAAUAUUGAAUCCAAAAGACACUGUAAAAUUGGAUGGUAAACUUUUGUUAAUAUGUGAAUUGUUGAGAUAACAAAAUAAAUGAGAAUAAUUUGGAGAACGUCA